CACUUCAGCAGAUGAAGUAUACGCGCGUGCUACAGAAGAGCUCGUGGUCCUGAUGUUACUGACCCUUCAUUGAUGCGCUCGUGUCUCAUUGACAUCAUUCGCAUCAUCCCGCUGCGCGUCGCGGGAUGUAUUGAGAACAGGCUCUCAUCUCAAGUGCAUGGAUAAAACACACAGUGAGUGAAUCAGCGGGGCGCGUUAAUUCGUUCAGUGCCCACAGAAAGGAAAGACGUUAGUAUUUUUCAGUCUUUAUGCAUUAACGCAAUCAUCUCUUGUGGAACACGAUUUAAGGAAAGAUCGCAUUGAUCGUUGUGUUUGGUGGCUUAAUGAAAUUUGCACAACUUUAUCAGAGAGCCUGAAGUGAAGACUUCUCGGUGGAUGUCACACUUUUGCGCAUCUUUUUACCACAUCAACAUGUGGCAUGGGGCUUUUGGUUUGGUACAAACAAGAACGUCCUGGAAGAUCUGGAGAGGAGAUCAUGAUUCACACUAACUGCGUGAAGAUUUUUCUCGUGUUAAAAUGAACGACAAACCUAAUAAAUGGAUUCUUAUCCCAAUUUUAGCCAUUCUUUUUGUCAUGAUUGGGUAUCAGUAUAUUUGCCCGGCAGGCAGUCAGUCUUGUCAUUUCAGGACAGAAGACAAACUCGUGGGAAUCGGUUCACUUUCCACUCCAUACCCGACCACCGAGGACAUGUACCGGGACCAGGACCCGGAGGAUGACAGUCUACCUAAAUGUGUGUCCAAAUUCAACUUCACGGAGCGAGAUUUGGCACGCGAUGUAGAUUUCAACAUUAAGGGAGAUGACGUGAUUGUGUUUCUGCACAUUCAGAAGACAGGAGGCACCACAUUUGGCAGGCAUCUGGUCAGGAAUAUUCGGUUGGAGCAGCCGUGCGACUGCAAACCGGGACAGAAGAAAUGCACUUGCCACCGUCCCGGUAAACAGGAUUCCUGGCUCUUCUCGCGGUUUUCGACAGGCUGGAGCUGCGGUUUGCACGCAGACUGGACGGAACUGACCAACUGUGUACCUGUGGUUAUGAACAAAAAACAAUCUUCAAAGCAAAAGAGGAAUUUCUAUUACAUCACCAUGUUGCGCGACCCUGUUUCACGCUACCUGAGCGAAUGGAAGCACGUGCAGCGUGGAGCUACCUGGAAGACUGCCCUUCACAUGUGUGAUGGUCGCUCGCCCACUCAAGACGAGCUGCCCACCUGCUACAGCGGGGAGGACUGGUCGGGGGUGACGUUGCACGAGUUCACGGACUGUCCUUCCAACCUAGCCAACAACCGGCAAGUACGUAUGCUGGCGGAUCUCAGUCUGGUGGGCUGCUACAACCUCUCCACCAUGAACGAGAGCGAACGCAAUCCCAUUCUUCUCGCUAGUGCAAUGAGCAACCUCAAGAACAUGGCGUUCUACGGCCUCACGGAGUUCCAGCGCAAGACGCAGUACCUGUUCGAGCGCACCUUCCGCCUGAGGUUUAUUUCCGCCUUCACGCAGUUCAACAGCACGCGCGCGGCCAACGUGGAACUGCGCGACGACAUGCGCCUCCGCAUAGAGAAACUGAAUUUCCUGGAUAUGCAGUUGUACGAGUUUGCCAAGGACCUGUUUCUGCAGAGAUACCAGUUUACCCGCCAACGCGAGCGGCAGGAAGAGAGAUUGAAGAGGCGCGAGGAGAGACGUUGGUUUAGGGAAUGGAAAGUCAACCAGAGCAAACAACCCGGUGAGGAUAACCAUCCUCAGGUCACUACAACUGAGGACUAUGCCAGCCAGGUGGUCCAUUGGUGACAUGAAAACAUGCAUUUAAUUUAAAGACACAGAAAACCGACCGCGUGUGGAAGAGCAGAUUAUUGGUUGUAUUUGGUCAUGUGACUAGCAAGCGUUUCCAAGGCCAUUGCUGAAGUCAUCACAUUCUGUCUUGUUUUCAGUAAAAACAUCUACAAACAAAAUCAAAUUGCUUGAGAAGCAAGAAGAAGUGGGUAUUCUCCCUUAAUUUCAGGAAAUGUGGUGUUAAAUCAUGUUUAUUUUUAUUGCCACAUUAAGAAAGUUCUCAUAAAUGAAUCAAGACAAAUUUAGUUAGAUGUAUGCUUAAAAGUAUUGAGUAAAUGGUUGGAGUAAUGGUUGAGUAAAAAGCAUAAUUUAAGAUACUCUGAUAUAUUCUCUGACGAUAUGGAUUUUGUUUUUAAAGAUGAUUCGUUUUUUAUACUGGUAAAUAAGAUUCUGAUUAAAAAAACAGAUUUUUUUGCAGUGUAGCUUUCAGGAUUUCUGCUGAUACCUUGCUGUGAAAUCCAGACGGUAAACUGCUGACAUUAACAGGACUAUAAAUGUGGCUCUGUGCCCAUUCACUAAGAACCUCCAACAUCUUUGUGAAGGAAGAACAAACCCCCCAACACCAGCCCCCCCAUUCCCCAAACCCCCCCCCGGCUGCAGAGUUUUAUUGAGAUAUGUCAAUCACAGUGUAAAGGAUGUUCAUCCAGAAUGCAGAGAGCUUUUAUACACCGAUUUUAGUGGCAGAGAUAUUUCUUUCCCAGCUUGGUGAUGGUACAGUAGUUUAUUGAUGAUGGAUUACCAAAAAACGGCAUGAUGACUGUACAUAUAUCAAUGAAUAAAUAGUGCAGAAGGAACACCAGAAUGUGUCCUGUGUACUGUACAGUAGGUGAUACCUAAAGGUGAAUGUAAAUUCAACUAACCAACAAAAAGAGAUUAGAAGGAGGGAACGGAUUAACAACUGGAAUUAUACGUAGAUAAGAAAUGCCAUGUCUGAUGAUGUAACAAGAAAGAAUCAAGGAAAAUAUGGUAUUUCUUUCAUCAUCCAUUGCUGCCACCUGUGUUUCACAUAUUGCUGUUGACCUCGUUGGUUAAAGAUUUCUAGAACUUGAUCAACUCGAAGGGAAUGAAGCUCUUGUGAGCUUUACAUCCGUUUACCAGUGGAAAAAGAAGCUUUGUAGCACUUUUUAAAUAAAAAUCUUCAGAGAUUCUAUGUGCAAAUUAGUAAAUGGUUUAAUAUUGCUGAUACGAAUCACAAAUAAACUGAAACCAAGAAUUAUGGGUUUCUUUUGUAUCUUAAAAAGCAAAUAAAUCAGCCGUAUUACUCUUUAUGCAUGGUUAUGGAGAACAUGCACCAGUCAAAAGAAAAAGCUUUUGGAAUGCAGUUCCAGAUAUCUGUUAUUUUAGACCAAAAAGACUAGAAGUUUUGUUUUCUUUGUACAUGGUGGUGUUCUGUAUGUUUCUACUUUGAAUCUGUGUUUUCUCCAUUACUUAAGCUUUUACUGUAUGAGGCCAAAAGAUCUGAGAAUGUGUGCCAUUACAAGUUUGUGCGUGUGUGUUCUGAAAUGAAUAUCAGUGUUGCAAUGUAUUUUAAUUGCUUUGUUCACUUAAGUGCAAUAUAGUAUUAAAAAUAAUCCCUUAUGGGACAAACAGAUGUUUGUGGAAUAUAUACAGAUUUUACUGUUUUUGCUUGUUAAUAAGCAACGUUGGUAAAUAUUUAAUAUUCACACAGUACAAACAAGUCUAGACUCACUAAUAAGGAAAAUUUCUAUUUCAAAUAAAAUAAAAGCGAUAAUGAUGUUUAUACUUACAAUUGUAUAUGUUUCAUUCAUACAGU